GUUUACAUUUUCUUUCCCCGCUGUCAAGUGAACUAUGAAAAAUUUUGUCGUUUUAUUAUUCUUGAUUAAUGUAUCAUUCGUAUCCGGCGCUCCAACUCUAUGCAACAACAUAGUUCAAAGCGUUUCACAAGUCGCUUACUCAGAUUAUUUAUCCUUCUCUGGUGGUUUAUUUUUGACUUUCUUCUCAAAUCCUUCCAAAAAUGAUCAAUCUUUUUUUGCCAAAUUAAAAAGAUUUUUAAUACGAACUGCAGUUAUACAAUUUAUGGCAAUAUUGUCUCUUAUGACUUUCAUGACGACCAGAUUCUUCACGUUGAAUAAUUUAGUAUUGCCUGAAUUUCUUAGGGUAUGUUCUCUCGCCAUGUAUGGUUGCUGCGGUGUGAUGACUUUGACUCAUUUUAUAGGAAGAAAUAUGAUAUCAAUAUGUUCAUGCAAUGCACACACAACAAGAUUUUUUCGCAUUGUAACUCGAGCUGUUAUCUUUAUUCCAAUCUAUGUUAUUCAAAUGAUUUUUCAAGUCUACUUGAAAAACCAUUUUCCAUCAACUGGAUACAUGUUUGCAUUUCAAUGGAUUAGCAUUCUUUCUAUAUUAUUUGCCAUUCCAUUGUGCAUCUUAAUUAUUAUUGAAAAAUUAUUUUGGUCUGUAAAAUUAUUAUACAUUUUCAUAUAUCCUUUUGUAUUUCAAAUUUAUCUACACGUCGGAUAUGUAUGUUUUUUUUUAUAUUGCGAUGAAGACUUUAUAUCGUCAGCGUUGUUGCUAGCCAGCGGUUUUGCACUAGGUAAUGUUCUUAAAAGUGCUUUUUACUUGAUCUUUCCAAGAAAUAUAUGGGAAACUAUUCCAGACAGAGCAAGGACGAAGGAUAACUAUAACGCAAAUCCAAAUAGCAGUUAUGAUGAGUUGUCAUUCUCCAAAGGAGAAAUCCUUGAAAAUGCUAAUGAUAAUGGUAAAUGGUGGCUACUAGCAAGGAACCAAAAUGGCGAAACUGGUUUUGUCCAAAUUAAUUAUCUACAAACUAUCUAGCAAGAACGAUACAAUAAAGUGUAAAAAAUAACGGAGGUUCUCGCCAGUUUUUGAUUAUUUUUGUAUAUUAUUAUUUUUUAAUUAAUUAAUUUAGACAGAUAAAUUUUUGUAAACAUGUAAAAAGCUACUUUCUUUGUUUAACAUAACCUUUCAAAGCAGAGAGAAAAUAUAAUUUAAACUUGAAAUUUCAAAUCAUAUUACAUAUAUGAUAUUAUAUAUAUAAUCAAUUAUAAUUAUUGUAAUUCUAAUUUCGGUCAUAUUUUAAUAUACAGUGCCUAUAAUUUAAUACAGCUAUUGCGCAAAUGUACUUCUAUGUAAUUUUUUUUU